AUGGUACUUUCAAAACAGACCAUUUUGUCCCGGUCUACGUUUGAGGCAGAACUUUGCGCUUUGGACACUACUGGUUUAGAAGUUGAAUGGCUUAAGGAACUUAUGUCAGAUUUGCCCAAGAUCAACAAGCUUAUUCCUGCAAUCUCUGUGCAUUGUGACAAUAUGACCACAAUUGCAAGAAUUAAAAGUUCAAAGUAUAACCGGAAAACACGAGGCCAUAUCCAAAUACGGAUAAAGACUGUGAAGAAGUUUGUUGAUGAAGGGGUAAUUGCUGUGGAUUUUGUCAAGUCUAAGGAUAACAUAGCAGAUCCCUUUACAAAAGGACUUGAGUUGUCACUAGUUCUUCAAUCCAGAACACCUCCGCCCCCACUACGAAUCCCCUCCCGACUUCCGACUCCAGCGUUGUCAUCGCAGCCUCCGCCUCAACCUCAACCUCAACCUCAACCAGCUCCUGCUGCUCGACGGGCUCAGAAAUCACCGUCACCGUCACCAUCUCCAUCAAGAAAAUCAUCACCACGGCUGACACCAUCACCGUCUCGCUUGGAUGCCAAGCCAUCUUCGCCGCCUAGAGAAGUAGCAGCAUCAACAGCGACAAAGACGAAGCCAUCACCACCACCAACGCCUACAACAGAGGGAAGUUCCUUGCCCCCAUCUCCACUUCUUUCUUCUGCCCCCUCACCUGAAUCAGCAGAAAAACCAUCCUCCUCACAAUCACAGCCUCCUGCAGAGAGAACGCCACAAAUCCCGACCAAACCAAUAGAAAAAUCAGAGGAAGAACUGGCUUCCACUGAUCCUUUGCCUGAAAAGGCUCCAACUCCUGCUCAACUCCCAAAACCUCAAUCAAAACGUGAGGAGAGUAAACAAGAGCCCGAACCAAGUUUACUGAGCCCAGAACACCGAAUAUCUGAUGAAAAACCUGGAGAGGUUCUGAAAGAGAGAACUAAAGCCAAUUCCGAACUGAAACAAGAUAUAGAACCCUCAGAACAGCAAAAACUAGAUAAGGAACCCAAAAGCAUUCCAGAUGACAAAACCAAACCUAGUAUGGAAGCAAGACAAGAGAUACACGCUUCCCAAGAGCCGAAACUAAAUGAGAAACCUGAAAGCAUGCCAAAAGACAAAACUGAAACCGAUUUGGAACCAAAACAAGAAACACAGGCUUCUCAAGUGCCUAAACUAGAUGAAAGGCCUAAAGAAAUUACAGAACAGAAAGCCAAACCUAAGCCUGAGAAAGAGCAAGAGAGGAAGCCCACUGAAACUCUAAAAUCGGAUAGAAUUGCUGAAGAAUCUAAAAAGGAGAAACCGCAAACUGAAGCAGAAAUCAGGAAGAAGCCAACUGAUGCUAGGGAUAAGAAAAUGGAAAGGGCGCUAUCUAGCAUGAUGGCAGAUGUUCAAUCCGAUACUAAAGUUAGAGUACCAGAAAAGUUGAAAGAUGAAGAAAAGGUGAACAGCAAAGAACAACACCGAUCCAUUGGUAAAGUUAGCAAGGUUUCAAUUUCAACUGGUCCGUGGGAUUCUUCAUGUGAUGAUGAGCGACCUAAUAUCCAAAAGGAGAUUAAGGAGGGGCUCUCCAAAUUGGUCCAGAAGCUAACCAUUGAACACUCAGGACGAACUGGUAUCGAUCAAGGAGUGAGCAUCCUAACAUUAGCAGGCAAAAACAAAGGAGCAACAAUGUUCAUAGGCUCCAAGAAACAAGGGAAAGACGAUGUAAUGGAAACCAAAGGCGAAGAAAGAUCUAGAGAUACACCGGUUACUGCCACUGUGAAUAGUAAUGUGCAGAGCAUCAACAACUCAGUCCUAAAUGAGAGUAAAUGCGAAGAAAAAAAUCCAGGUGUACACUUGGUUGUCUCUAGCAAGCCAACAGAGCCAGUAAGUAUAAAGGGGUUAAUGGAAGCUCUUAAGCCUCAAAAGACUGCUUCCAGCGUAACCACACCUCAGAAGCUCACUUAUGAGCCCAAUGUCAGAAGACGGUGCCUACGAGGACUUUUUAUGGAGCCAAGUGAGGAUGAUAUAGAAGACCCUCAAAAACCCCGGCGCCAUGGGUGCCGUGUCAGAUGCGAUGAGCAAAAGAAGGGGAAAGAAGGCAAAGAUGAUGAAGGAACCUCCAAGCGUAACUACUAGCAACGGAAGUCAUGAACUUAGUUGCGUCAAUCUAACAAUCUUUCUUUAUAGGAAAAAAAAUACGUAUGUGUUACUUGUUUUCA